AUGGCGAACGCACCCCCAGCUCCACCUGCCCCGCCGGCUCCUCCGGCACCACCUUCUCCGCCUGCUCCUCCCGCACCUCCUGCUCCGCCGUCGCCUCCCGUGCCCCCUUUCCCUUACCCCUUCGAACUUGUGAACGGCGAAGAGGAGCUUGUUGGGCAGAUGGAGCCUGACGCGUCUUCAACCGAUGACGAGGGGAGUGACGGCGCCGCAGCGACCG